UGCAGUAGUAAAAUUUACAAAAAACUCAUUUUCUUAAAACCAAAAAACAAUAAUAACUAAAUCUGCCACAGCAGUAUUUAACAAAUAAAUCUAUGAUUCUACAUAGACAAAGGACUAAAGAGGAAUUUUUAAUGUUACCCAAAAGAUAGUAAAAAAAUAAAUCUAUAACAAUAUAAAACUAAAUUAAACAUUAAGUAAAAUUAAAAGUUCAAACAAAAAUUUAAGUUUAACCCCACCACCCCCACAAAAAAACUCAAAAAUACUCAAAUAGUUUAAAAUAUUAAAAACAAACCACAAAAAUGGCCAAAUAUUUAAUUACCUUUGUAUUAUUAGCCUUUUUGGCUUUGGAAAACAAUAACAUCUACAAUCGCUUGCAUGCCAAAUCCCAUCCCAGUGGCACCAACACCAACACAGUGACACAUUUUAUGCGUCAACAUCAGUAUCAUCAUCAGACAGCAAAUUCCCACCAAAAACUUUAUCCCACCCAUGAGCAACAUCAGGCGCAUCAUGCGCGCAAACACAUAAAACAAUAUCAGAAAGAGAAUUUCGAUAAGGGCCAGGAGGAAGAUGAUUCAGUGCAGGAUUCCAGGCGACAAAUGGAGCGCAUUAAACGUCACAUGGACCAGCAGCGACAGCAUCGUUUGGAACACAACAAACGCCUGCAGCAGCGUUCCCAAAGGCCUGUAUACAGUGCCGAGAGCUUAAAGACAAUGCCGCGCAUUUGGCAACAUUUAUCCAUGGUCUAUGACUACGACUAUUCGGAUGAGAAGGAUCGCAUGUAUGGUGAUGGCCCCAUGGAAGAAGGGGAUGAGGUGGAGGAGGAAGACGAUACUAUAGUAUUGGAGACUGAUGAAAGUAAUAUUAAAGUAGAGAUACCACUAUCCGUGGAAGAAAGUUAUGAAGACAGUAAACAAGAAAAUAUGCAACAUCAUAAACAUAACAAAACCGCUGCAGUGCAUUGUCCCAAAUGUGAGAGUAGCCGCAAAGUGGAACAUGUCACCGAGGAGGAAUUAACACGUCUGCGCAUUGAAUUUGUAAAGCAGCAAAUUUUAGAGAAAUUAAGACUCAAAGAACGUCCCAAUGUAUCGGCUGUGGGUUUGCCCAAACCUAUAUAUGAAGGUGUAACCAUUGAACAGGAGGAGGAUAGUACAGUUAAUAAAGAUUUGGAUGAUUACUAUGCGAGAACAAGUAAAAAAUUUAUCUUUUUAGAAGUUGAAAAGCAUGAAUGCCGCAAAUUGGGUCCUCAGCCCUCUAUGUGCUUCUCGUUCAAAAUCGAUGAUGCCGAUGCUGAUGGCUAUGAUGUUAGCACGGCAGUGUUGUGGUUGUUUAAAAAUAAUCCACAAAAACUGGUGAAACGCAAUGAUACAUUGCUGACGCAGCAGACCAUUGUGGUGUCCGAAGUUCAGCAGCAAUUAGACUCGAAAUAUUUACCCAUAGUUAAGACUAUUGCUAUACAAUCGGUGGAUGUUCAAGAUGAAUGGAUGAAAAUCGAUAUUGAAUGGCCGAUAAAACGUUGGUUUGGCAAUCACGAUCUCAGCCAUCUUAUACAGAUCACCUGCCAAUCAUGUGACAUCGAAUCCAUGGAGCAUAUGAUUUCCACCGAUAAAGACUAUAGACCCUUUAUAAUGGUCGAUACACAAAAUCGUAAGAGACAGCCACGCCAGAAAAGAGAAAUCAAUUGUACGGAUGGUGUAACCGAAUGUUGUCGUGAGAAAUUGUACAUUUCUUUUGAUGACAUAGGCUGGGGCGAUUGGAUCAUACAGCCCAGAGGCUAUGAUGCCUAUUUCUGCAGGGGUUCCUGUGGCAUGGUGGCGAGUAUAUCAGAUUCCAUGUCUACACAUAAUAUAGUUUUACAGAAACUUUUAAAUAAACCCGGCAAACGGCGUAAGAAUCUGGAACUAGUACCCUGCUGUACGGCCAAACAAUAUUCUUCCCUGCAGUUAGUAUUUAUGGACAGCAAUAAUACGGCCACUCAAAAAACAUUCCCCAACAUGGUGGUUGAAUCCUGUGGUUGUAGAUAGUUUCUAUUUGUCUUUAACUCUAAAUUACCUUUAAAAAUAUUUAUUACUUAAAUUAAUUAUUCAUUAUUUUCACACUUAACACCCAUAACAUGUAAAACCUAAACAAUUCAUUAAAUUCCUAUAAAACCCUUCAAUCCUCACCUCAUCUAGAAAACACCGCCCGCCAUUUACCCCCUUAAACAAACGAACAAAACUUUAAUUUAUAUUUAUAAAAUACAUUUAAAACUAAAUUAAUACACACAGCCUAAUUUUGAAAAUCCCCUCUUUUAAAAAAUUUAUUUAGAAUUUUUUAAAGUGAGAUUUACUUAAGCUUUCUACUAAAACUGCCAAAAUUUUAGGUUUUAACUAGUUUUUAAUUAUUUAAAUAAUUUGUAAAUUAUAUUAUUGUACUUAAGUUCUCCAUGAGAUACAAUUAGGUUUUAUUUUUCUUUGUUUACAGAUGUCUAGUGUAAUUUAUUAAGGCUAUUCACCGGCUGGCAAUUUAUACUAUACUAACUAUAAACAUUUAAUAUCCUAAUCUUAUCUACCUUUGCUAUUGAAUCUAUAUUAAAUGUUUAUCGUUUUAGUUUUUUCGAAAUUAUGUUGCAGCCUGUGAGUCCCCUAAAUUGUAAAUAUUUUAUUUAAGUUGUCCUUAGAAGUGAUAUUUUUUGUUUUUGUGUAAAUAUAAAUUUUAAGUAGUUACAAUUUUGUGUCUUAAAAUUUCUUAAUUUUUUUAAGGAAUUUUAGUGUUUUAUAAAAAAAAAAUUUUAAAAAAAUAUAUUUGAUAAAAAAUUUAUAAAUUUUAAAAAAUAAA